AAUAUCAGACAGACUGUUAGAUAUAGUGUUAAGUAGUUGACGUUGUUUGGCUUUCUGUGAAAAAUUGCUUAUAUUUCGACUCGAAUAUUAAUAAAUUCAGGUGAAUUGUAUUAUUAUCUGUGUAAUUUUUCAAACAUUUUUAAUUUGCUGGCAAGUUUUUUAAACAUUAUGCAUCGAGUUAUUCUUGUGAAAUAUAGAUAGAUGACUCGCAAUUUGUUUUAAUUCAAUAAUGAAGCUAAAAGAGUUGCAUAAAAUUCAAAUAUUUGACUAUCUCAAAAGUGUGAACAUUUUUCAAUAAAAUUAAUUCAGAAUGGUGUUGGUAGUGCAAGGUGUUAUUCAGGGUGAACCGCCUCCAGAUACAAGGACACUGUAUCUAAAUCAUCCUAUUUUACGGGAUUCUGCGUCUCAACUACUUACAAUUCCUACAAAAGUCAUUGGACCUAUUGGUUUAUUGUAUGUAAGUCAAAGGGAAAUGGCUGUGACUGUACCUCAUGACAAAAAUGUAUCAAUAAUUGGUUCUGAUGAUGUAACCACAUGCAUCAUUUUAGUGCUUCGACAUACUGGGUCAGGUGCUGUAGGGUUUGCUCAUCUGGAUGGUUCUUGUACUGAAGAAUGUGUUGUGAAUAUGGUACAUAGAAUUCAAGAGCUCUCAAUUGGAUUUCCAGAUGGUCAGAUAGAAAUGUCAAUAAUUGGUGGAUUCACUCAUGUUUUACGAUAUGGAGAGCAAGUAUUUUACAGUUUAAUGGUUGCUAUUCAUAAACAACAAGUCGAGAUUGAACUUGUACUCGCUUGUGUUGGUGAGUUAAAUACUAUAAUGAGAAACAAUGUGCACUGGCCAUUACUGUAUGGAGCUGGUGUAAUGGUUAAAAGCGGUGAAGUUUUCCCUGCAAAUUUUCCAGAUAAAGGUCCAGAACAACCACUCAGAUUAGCAAGAUUAUUUACUGGUCUUCAACCUGUUUUGGACGUGUAUGACUGCAGUUUGGGUCUUUUGAGAAUUGGUCCUUUUAAUUAUGAGCCAAUGCGCAGUGUGGAUUUGUGGCUUCAACAAUCUGAUGAAUUUAUUUUACAAGCUUUAUCAACUACACCAGAUGUUGAACCCCCUCACACUGUUAUGGCUAUACGAGCAUCCUUAAAGUAUGUUCAAGACCAUCCAUUUCCUGCAGUGACUGUUUUUAGGGAUAAUCGUCCAUUAUAUUACAGACGUGAUGAACAUUCAGGUACAUGGACUCCAUUUCGAUAUUGAUAUUCUUAAAAAUCAAGUCAUUUCAAGAAAAAUCAUAUCAAAAUGAUUCUGUUUAAUAGAUUAAAAAGAAUCAAAGUUAUUUACAUUGACUAUACACUUAUUAUUGAUGUUAAAUUUUGUAAGAGUUUUUACAAAUAAUUUACUAAUUUAUAUUUAAAAACAUUCCAUUUUGUUGACCGAAUUUAGUAAAAAGGUAAUUAGGGGUCUUUUUAUUUUGUUAUUUAAGUGCCUUUUUAGUUAAAUUUUAUUUUUAUAAACUGUUUUUAUAAAUUAAACUUAAAAAUAACUUUUAUAUUAUAAGAUAGUUUAUAGGUAAUGAUAAAUAAAAAAUGAAUUAUAUAUUUUAUUUUAUGUUGUAUGUUUAAGAAUCAAAAGAAUAUACUGUUAUAUAUGAUAGAUCAAUUAUUUCUUGUAACUAAAUUAUAAUCAAAAUUAAUGUUAUUUGUAUAAUAAUUAUAUUUUUUAUUAUUAUGUUUUGUGCAAUUUAAUUAUUAAUUUUAUGAGUUUUUUUGUUCAUAAAAUAUGGAUGCUUCAAUAAUUAAAACUAAAUUUACUAGAAUUUACUAUCAAGGUUUUAGAGAUACUUUAAAAAUUCUUAUUGUGUCUGUAAAAUUUUAUAAUAAAUUUUUUAAAGUUACAGGUGAUAUUUAGGUUUAUAUAUAGAUUUUUUUUAAUGUUAACCACUCGAUUUCUUCUAUUAUAAUAACGUACUUGAAGUUU